AAAAACACAUCUAUCAUAGGAUUAUGGGAUUUUAAGUUCUAUAGCUACGGUACACCUGUGCCUGGAAUGAUGAAAAGGUCCAUUCCAAAAUCUCCAUCUCAUACACUGCUUGCCGCUUGCUUCUGGUGCCUACACCUCUCUUGUUUGGUGGAGAGAUGCAAAGUUCAAGCUCAAACUAAUUUUACAACAGACCCAGAUGAAGCAAGCGCUCUCAAUGCCAUUUUCCAACGCUGGGGUCUUUCUGCACCUUCUGAUGAAUGGAACAAAAGUGGAAACCCAUGUAGUGGGACUGCCGUUAAUGCACCAACAAUCAGCAAACCUGGGAUCAAAUGUGAAUGCCCAUCCAACGGUGGAGGCACCUGCCACAUAACCGCAAUGUACGUACACACUCAGAUAUGCCAACUUGGUGCCAAAAUAUUAUUAAUCAAGUGGACCAUCUGGUGGGCCUUCCCUGUCUAGGAUUUCCUGAUCAUUUUGAUGGCUCAUCCAUAGAGGGAAC